UCGCUGUCUGUAAAUUCGCAAACCGAGACUCGCGUCAUGUUCGCUCGGCCGAUUUGCCUGAUGAGUCUGCUGGCCAUGGCGCUGGCCGCGGACAAAGCGAUCAUUCCCAUCGUGAGUCAGAGCCAAGACAUCAACCCUGACGGCAGUUAUUUCGCGAAAUGGGAAAGCGGUAACAGCAUCUCGUUCGAGGAGGAGGGCGUGCUGAAGAAUCGCGGCCAGAAGGACGCAGAGGCCGAAGAGGUUCGCGGUAAGGCCGCGUGGACGGCUCCGGAUGGGACUAGAAUCAACCUCAGCUGGCUGGCCAACGAAAAUGGUGCCACUUUUCAAGGAGCCCAUCUGCCGACGCCGCCCCCUACGCAGCCGGUCCCCGUCCUCAUCCAGCGAGCCCUCGACUGGAUAGCCGCUAAUCCUUACAAAGAGGAGAAGAAUAGAUUGUAG